AUGGCAAAGCUCACCGCCGCCCUGACGGUCCUCGCGCUGGUGGCCUGCGUGGGUCGUCCAUGCCAGGCAGGCUACGGGUAUCCCAACCCCAUGCCCUCGCCUAGUCCUCCACCAUCGACUCCUCCACCGUACACCGCAACCUCACCUAGCCCUCCGCCACCCGCUCCGGUCACUCCAUCCACUCCUACUCCAUACAGCCCAAGUACAGCUAGCCCUCCUCCGCCCACCCCAAUUGCGCCGUCUAGCCCACCACCGUACACCCCCAGCACACCUAGUCCUCCACCUCCGCCACCCACUCCGAGCUCACCUGCUUCGGGGCUUUCCGUUGGUUACUACCAGAAGACAUGCUACCGUGCAGAAGAUAUUGUUAGAGAAGCCGUGCGUGACGCCAGCAAGGGCAUCAUGGCGGGUCUCAUCCGACUAUUCUUCCACGACUGCUUCAUCAGGGGUUGCGACGCUUCCGUGUUGUUGGAUACCGCUGAUCCGAAUAGUGCGACCGAGAAGUUCGGCAUCCCGAACCUGAGUCUGCGCGGCUUUGAAGUGAUCGACGCGGCCAAGGCUAGGAUCGAGAAGGAAUGUGGGAACGUUGUGUCAUGUGCCGACAUUGUGGCCUUCGCCGGGCGUGACGCAACCUACUUCCUCAGCAACAAGAAGGUUUACUUCGACAUGCCUGCCGGCCGCUAUGACGGGCUUGUGUCCCUCAUAAACGAGACACUCCCCAACCUCCCCCCUCCCUUCGCCACCGUAGAGCAGCUCAAGGCCGGUUUUGCAUUCAAGGGCCUCAGCACCGACGAAAUGGUCACCCUUUCCGGUGCGCACACCAUCGGGAUCUCCCACUGCUCAUCCUUUUCUGACCGCCUCACCUCGAACUCCUCCGACAUGGAUCCUAGUCUGAAAAGCACUCUGCAACAACAGUGUCAGUCAAACUCUGGCAGUGACAACACGGUCGUACAGGAUAACAAGACCCCUGACAAGUUGGACAACAAGUACUAUAAGAACGUUCUCAGCCAUGAGGUGCUAUUCACCUCGGAUGCUGCGCUCAUGAUGGCGACAGACACAAGCGAUGCGGUGCGAGCAAACGCCAAGGACACAAACCAGUGGGAGGAAAAGUUCAAGGCAGCCAUGGUGAAGAUGGGUGCUAUUGAUAUCAAGACAGCUGCUAAUGGCGAGAUUAGGAGGAGCUGCCGUGUCUUGAACACUAACUAG